CACAACGACAGGCCAGCCAAAAGAAAAAACCCACAAUCCAUCUCUGUCUCUCUCUCUCGCAGACAAUAGUUGUCUUCGGCUCUGCUCCGCCCACCACCAAAGCGUCACAACCUGUCCUAAACCUCUCUCUCUCUAAAGGGCUUUAGAUUAAGCUUGAAAAAGCGCUAAACAUGGCGGCGAAUAGUGUCUCAUGGCAGCCCCAGGAGGAGGGGUUCAGAGAGAUCUGCGGCUUGCUGGAGCAGCAGAUUUCGCACUCCGCUUCCUCCGCCGACAAGUCUCAGAUUUGGCAGCAACUCCAGCACUACUCUCAGUUCCCCGAUUUCAACAACUACCUCGCUUUCAUUCUUGCACGCGCCGAGGGUAAAUCAGUGGAAAUUCGACAAGCUGCGGGCCUGCUUUUAAAAAAUAACCUUAGAACCGCAUUCAAAUCCAUGGCUCCUGUAAACCAGCAAUAUAUAAAAUCAGAGUUGUUGCCUUGCUUGGGAGCAGCAGAUAGGCAAAUUAGAUCUACAGUUGGGACCAUUAUUAGUGUUGUUGUUCAACUGGGGGGAGUCUUGGGAUGGCCUGAGUUGUUGCAAGCUCUAGUCAAUUGCUUAGACAGUAAUGACGUAAAUCACAUGGAAGGUGCUAUGGAUGCUUUAUCGAAGAUUUGCGAGGAUAUCCCCCAAAUUCUUGAUUCAGAUGCACCUGGCUUAUCUGAACGCCCUAUCAGCAUUAUUCUUCCUAGAUUAUACAAGUUUUUCCAGUCACCGCAUGCCUCAUUGAGAAAGCUUUCCUUGGGUUCUGUUAAUCAAUACAUCAUGUUGAUGCCCGCAGCUUUAUUUGUAUCUAUGGACCAAUAUCUUCAGGGUUUGUUUGUUCUUGCUCAUGACCCUGCCUCAGAAGUGCGAAAAUUGGUCUGUGCAGCAUUUGUUCAGCUAAUCGAAGUCCGUCCAUCUUUCUUGGAGCCACAUCUGAAGAAUAUAAUUGAAUACAUGUUACAAGUAAACAAGGAUACUGAUGAUGAAGUAGCUCUUGAAUCCUGUGAAUUCUGGUCUGCUUACUGUGAUGCCCAGUUACCACCGGAUAAUUUAAGAGAGUUUUUGCCACGCCUAAUUCCGGUUUUGUUGUCCAACAUGGUUUAUGCUGAUGAUGAUGAAUCAAUUGUGGAUGCUGAGGAGGAUGGGUCUCUACCAGAUCGUGAUCAGGAUCUCAAACCUCGUUUCCAUUCCUCACGAUUUCAUGGAUCUGAUAAUGUGGAAGACGAUGAUGAUGACAUUGUUAAUGUCUGGAAUUUGCGGAAAUGCAGUGCUGCUGCUCUUGAUAUGAUCUCUAAUGUGUUUGGAGAUGACAUUCUUCCAACAUUGAUGCCUAUAGUUCAGGCCAAGUUGUCAGCCACAGAUGAUGAAGGCUGGAAAGAAAGGGAAGCUGCUGUUUUGGCUCUUGGUGCCAUAGCUGAAGGUUGCAUUCAUGGUCUUUAUCCUCACUUAUCUGAGAUUGUCACAUUUCUUAUCCCUCUUUUAGAUGAUAAGUUUCCGCUCAUACGGAGUAUUUCAUGUUGGACACUUUCUCGUUUCAGCAAGUUUAUUGUUCAGGGUAUUGGACAUCAAAAAGGCUAUGAGCAAUUUGACAAGGUUCUUACAGGUCUUUUGCGAAGAAUAUUGGAUACUAACAAGCGGGUGCAAGAGGCUGCUUGUUCAGCUUUUGCAACACUGGAAGAGGAGGCUGCAGAAGAGUUGGCACCACACUUGGAAAUUAUUUUGCAGCACCUUAUGUGUGCUUUUGGGAAAUAUCAGAGACGGAAUCUCAGAAUCGUAUACGAUGCUAUUGGAACCUUAGCAGAUGCUGUUGGAAGGGAGCUAAAUCAGCGCAAUUAUCUUGACAUUCUGAUGCCGCCAUUAAUUGCAAAGUGGCAGCAACUUUCAAAUUCAGACAAGGACAUCUUUCCACUGCUGGAGUGUUUUACAUCUAUCGCACAGGCAUUGGGGACUGGAUUCUCUCAAUUUGCUGAGCCUGUAUUUCAGAGGUGCAUAAGCAUCAUCCAGACCCAACAAUUGGCAAAGGUUGAUCCUGUUUCAGCAGGGGUUCAAUAUGAUAAAGAGUUUAUUGUAUGCUCUCUUGAUCUGCUCUCUGGACUUGCAGAGGGUCUUGGCAGUGGGAUAGAGAGUCUGGUUUCACAAAGUAAUUUGAGGGACCUGCUUCUGCAAUGUUGCACGGAUGAUGCUUCUGAUGUCCGGCAGAGUGCCUUUGCACUUCUUGGGGACCUGGCAAGGGUAUGCCCUGUUCAUUUGCACCCCCGUUUGUCUGAAAUUCUUGAUGUUGCAGCAAAGCAACUGAACACUCCUAAGCUGAAGGAAACUGUUUCGGUAGCAAAUAAUGCAUGUUGGGCCAUUGGGGAAUUAGCAGUUAAGUUUCAGGUUCGUCAAGAAAUUGCUCCAAUUGUUUUGACAGUUAUUUCAUGCUUAGUCCCAAUCCUUCAACAUGCAGAGGAGCUCAACAAGUCACUCAUAGAAAAUAGUGCAAUAACUCUUGGGAGACUUGCCUGGGUUUGUCCUGAGCUUGUGUCACCGCAUAUGGAACAUUUCAUGCAAUCAUGGUGCAGUGCUUUGUCUAUGAUACGUGAUGAUAUUGAAAAGGAGGAUGCUUUCCGAGGUCUCUGUGCAAUGGUUAAAGCAAAUCCAUCAGGGGCAUUAGGUUCACUUGUUUUCAUGUGCAAAGCAAUUGCAAGUUGGCAUGAAAUAAGGAGCGAAGAUCUACAUAAUGAUAUUUGCCAAGUGUUGCAUGGUUAUAAACAGAUGCUUAGAAAUGGAGCAUGGGACCAAUGUAUGUCUGCUUUGGAGCCCCCAGUGAAGGAGAAGCUGUCAAAGUAUCAAGUGUAAUAUGUUUCUCAAGGCCCACAUCUUAUCUGUGCUGGCACUCUUCUGCAGUAUGUGCUUCUUCAGAGUUGUGUGUCUGAAUCAAUACUGUUGGUCAUCUGUGCACAUUUUAUUGCAGUCAUGAUUAACCAAAGAUCAAGUCUCUCUCUAUUUUCUAAGGCAAAGCAUCAUAUUGACCUAAUUCAUCAAAGCUAGGAGAUAAUUUGCACUUCUUCAAAACCUCAAGAGAUUGAUUGUAUCUGGACAGCAUUUGAUUUGAGAAAAUGGAGCCACUUAGGGUUGGGAUGUGGAUAGGGUGUACAGGGGUGCAGCUUUCUGAGCUUUGAGAUUGUGUGUUCAUUUUUUGCUUUUUAUAUUUGAAAAAAAAAAAUGCUCUCAAUAGCCUAUGGAGCCGUCAUCUUUUAUGUUUAGUUUUGUUUUUUGGGCUCAAGAGUUUUCCAUAGUUUCACUUUCAGGAAAUAGGGUUUGUGUCUGAUUUCCACAGAUUUUGUAAAGGGAUUUAACCUGAUGAGGCGCAGUUAUUCUUGCGGCUGUUGGAUUUCAGUGUGGAAACAAUACUUGGAAUUCUAUUUUCUUUGAACAAUAUUCUGUAACCUCGGGUUUCAUAAAUGAUUGGAAUGUAUUUUCUUUGAACUGAA